AUGUCGGUACAUCGGAGCUACGUUCGCAGUUUGUACAAGAAGGCUCUUUACACAUCGCUCGACUGGUACCCGAACAGGCUGUACUGGCGCCCGAUUGCCCUGCAAAUCCGCGCUGAAUUCGAGGCUAACCGCGGAGAAUCGAGCCCUGUCCGCAUUCAGCAGCUUGUGCGCGAGACCGAGGACGCCCUGGAGGAGUACCAGCACCCGUUGCCAUACAAAUAUAUGACGGCUCCGGGCGGUACAAAAUACGAGCGCAACAGGUGGUUCGAGGACAACAUGACACUCUAG